AUGGACAACCCUGUUCCAUUCACACCCAAUGCUCUCACACCCGAAUCCUCUCGUCGUACCAGUCCUCCCAUGUCUGCCUCUGACUCGGCCCCGGCCGGCUUCAACUUCAUCUCGGUCGAUCCCUCAUCACGAACAGAGAGCUCCUCCAGCCGAACACUCAUUCGAGCCAAUGCGGGUCGAUAUAUAUGGAAGCGCCGCAAGGCCGGCACCAAGGAACCCGUCAGAUCGAAACCAUACGAAAGACCAGGCAUACAGAGCCCUCCUCUAUCCAGCCCUCCCGCACAUGAUGAGGUCGUUGUGAAGUCGGAACCCGACAAUCAGGAAUCUCCUGUGAUAAAAGAAGAAGAUAUCACCCCAUCUGACACCACUCUUGUACCAUAUAAACGCGAACCGUCAUCUGAUACGAUUGAUUUGACCGCUUCGCUUAGUCAUGGCUUGAAGACACCCAUGCUGACUGUCUUCGGGACAGAGGUACCCGAGGAUACUGUUCGGCGGACAAUUAAAUACUCCGCCUCUGUCGUUAUGACAAAAAUGCUACCUCAGGACACCAAUUCCGAUACGCCCACAAUAUCUGAUAUAUGGCUUUCAAGCGCGCUGCGCAGCCCCGCUCUACUUUCAGCAUUUUUAUACGGCACACUCAGCCAUGAGUUUGUCCUUGAGCGUAUGCAAAGCGGAAUGCCUUCGAGGCAGAGACGGCAGAAAAUGCUACAAAUCAUGACUGCAGAGAACGAAUCGAUUAGGAGGAUUAAUCAAGCACUGCAAGACCCAAUGGCUCAAAAGACGGAUGAGCUGCUUAUGGCGGUGUUUCUCAUGGGAUAUAGUCGUUACGACGAAGCCGUUUUUUCGCCUGGUCGUGACACCCACAAAUCGCCUUUUAAUGACGUUCAGUGGGCCAACAUAUACUCAUACCUAGAUUACGACGAGGUACAUGUCAUGGGUCUGAUACGAUUACUUGAAAUACGAGGCGGCUUCGACGCUAUUGAGUUGGCCGGUUUAGCCGAGAUGAUGUCUCUUGCGACGGUCAUGUUUUCGUCCAAGUUUUUGCGAAAACCACUUUUCCCUUAUACACCAAUCAUUAAGACGGCCGGACGACACCAGCAACCCGACUGGCCUCAGCCCAUCCAGUUCCUUUUGGAAAUGUACAAAGGAGGCGAUUUCCCCAAAAUGAUUGAGCUUGGUCUUCCAAGUGAACUUAUUACUCUAUUCAAAGAUAUGUACAGUUACAACGCUGUCAUUGAACUAUACAUGCAAGGCAUUUUUGCUGGCUCUUUUGUGGGCUCCGAUGCGCCAAUUAUGGCCGAUCGCCGAAACUCAAUCCAACACCGAGCUUUAUCGUUGCCGACCGCAGACGAGUUGGGCAUGGGCGAAGUGUGCCCAACCUAUGAACCACUUAGGCUUGCUACGCUGAUAUAUUGUUUAAUUACUAUCUUUCCUCUGGUUCCCGCCAUGGCUCCUUUCUCUCAAUUAACCGCACAGCUGCGGCAAGCUUUGUUCAGCCAAUCCCUGCCGAAGGCCUGGAAAUCCGUACCCGAGCUCUUUGUGUGGACUUUGGUUGCUGGCGGUAUCGCAUCCAGCAAAACUGAGACAGUUACCUGGUUCGCCGCGAUGUUGAGUCAGGUCGCUGUUGCAACGAAUCUAUCGACGUGGGCAGAUGUCAAGAAGAUACUCAAGUCUGCACUAUGGCUAUCGCCUAUUUGUGACGAAAAAGGUGAAGACCUGUGGAAGAAAGCCGAUAAUCUUCGCUCUCAAGUCCAACGCCAUCAGGAGCAACAACAACAUCAACGACAUGACGUACAUAUGCGAUUAAGAGCCGAACCGGCCAGUUAA